AUGGCCAGAACCAAGCAGACAGCCCGUAAGUCCACCGGCGGGAAAGCUCCCCGCAAGCAGCUGGCCACUAAGGCCGCCAGGAAGAGCGCCCCCGCCACUGGCGGAGUCAAGAAGCCUCACCGCUACCGGCCCGGGACCGUCGCUCUCCGGGAGAUCCGGCGCUACCAGAAGUCCACCGAGCUGCUCAUCCGGAAGCUGCCCUUCCAGCGCCUGGUGAGAGAGAUCGCCCAGGACUUCAAGACCGACCUUCGCUUCCAGAGCUCGGCCGUCAUGGCCCUGCAGGAGGCCAGCGAGGCUUACCUGGUCGGGCUCUUCGAGGACACCAACCUCUGCGCCAUCCACGCCAAGCGGGUCACCAUCAUGCCCAAGGAUAUCCAGCUGGCCCGCAGGAUCCGAGGGGAGAGGGCUUAGAUCUGCGCCCCGCACCCAACAAAGGCUCUUCUCAGAGCCGCCACCUCCUCCAGAGACGAGCUCCACUCCGCCCUUCAUUCUCCACCUCUGCUCACAGGAGGCGGGUUAACCCUUUCAGCGCUCUAAUUAGUAAGAGCAGUUCCUUUAUUCUAAAAGCGCUCUCUGUAUCUCCCCCCGUCUAUCAGGGACUCGCUGACCGUGACCGAUAAC